AUGUCCUUCGACGCUACUGAAUUAUCUUCCGUUGCCAUCGGUGGCCGUGUCCUCAGUGUUUCUGAUGAGUUCUUUGCAGAGGCUUAUCAAUUGCUACUUGUAGAGCCGGCAAUCAGCCUCAAGGGUCAGUUUGGACCCAACGGCGCUCUCUACAGUGGCUGGGAAUCCAGGAGGCACAAUCCCGACCAUGAUUGGUGCAUUAUACAACUCGGUACCACAGGCUCAAUUGUGGGUUUUGACAUUGAUACGUCGCACUUUAAUGGCAAUGAGGCACCCAGGGCGUCGGUUGAUGCCUUCCGCGGUGAUGCGGACGAAUUUCCAUCCAAAGAUGAUUCUAGGUGGAAAGAGCUCUUGGCGCCCGUUGACCUGGGACCAAAUGCGCACCAUCUGCUCCCCAUUCCUCGGUCAGAACCUGUCAAUUUCGUCAAGCUUAAAAUGUAUCCAGAUGGUGGCAUUGCGCGAUUCAGGGUCUACGGGCACGUUGUACCCGUGAUACCGCAAGAUCCGACACAUGUUUUUGACCUCGCUCAUGUCUUUGCAGGGGGCUCAGUCGUUGAAACAAGCGACCAGCACUUUGGUGUAGGCUCUAAUCUCGUCCUUCCUGGGAGAGGUAAGGACAUGGGCGAUGGGUGGGAAACAAAACGCAGUCGAGAAAAAGGACACAAGGAUUGGGCCACUAUCAAGCUGGGCAUCCCAGGAUAUCUUCAAUACAUGGAGAUUGAUACGGCGCAUUUCAAAGGGAACUUCCCGGAGAGUUGCGAAGCACAUGCCUCGUUGGAUUCAAAGGAAUGGACACUAAUCCUGCCAAGAACAAAACUUGGACCCCACAGGCAACACUAUUUCCAGCUCGAGAACGUCGAGGGGCAAGCAUAUACUCAUGUCCGCGUGACCAUCCAUCCAGAUGGGGGUAUAAAGCGGGUGAGGGUUAUGGGGUCCCGUUCGCCUUCCGUCCCCGCAAUGUCAACCCCAAACCCCAGUAACACAGCCACCCCCACCUCCACAGUUCCAGUCCUGCCCCUAACCCCCGAAGCAUUUGCGCCCUUUGGCAAGGUAGUCCAGGCCUACCAAGAUCAUGCGGCUGUUCCCAAGGGUAUAAAAGUCACCCCUGCGAAUGCCGGCACAGCAACAAAGUUCCACAAGUUGGCCCUGCUGGAGAAUCAAUACCCAACCACCUUGGGUGCCACUACCGGUUUGUCCGUCUAUCGCUGCAAACCGGUAAAUGUGCACAAUGGAGAGAUCACCGUGAACGUGAUGGAACGACAUCGAUAUACAAAUCAGGCGUUCAUUCCAAUGGGCUCCACCAACGGAACCGGAUACCUAGUCGUUGUUGCAAAUGGAGGUGAUAAACCGGAUAUGAAGACUUUGAGAGCUUUCUUGGCACGACCCGGACAGGGCAUCGUGUAUGAUACCGCAGUGUGGCAUCAACCAAUGACCGUACUUGGAGGCCAAGAGGUGGAUUUCACCUGUGUGGAGACGCAGAUUGGCAACGGCAGUACCGACGAUUGCGAAAUUGUAGAACUAGAGGGGGAUGACCUAGUCACUCUGAGACUUUGA